GUUCUUUUAAGUACAGCCUGUUGUCAGAUGAUCAAUAAUAUAUUACUUCAUCGUUCUACUUCUUCGCAAGACUUCGAACCAUCAAGACAACUUGAAUAGUUUUUCAAGUCCGGAGAUGAACGCUCAAAUAGUGGUUCUGUUUACGUUUUGUCUUGCAACAGCAAGUUUAGCUGCGCCGGCUGCGCCGGCAACACCGGCUCCAGCUAAAGCAGCAUCCGCGCCACCUCCAUCAGGCAAUGGCACAAGUGGUGCAGCCGCUGCCGCUCCAGCUGGAGCAAAACCUGAAUACCCCAAAGAUCUAGGCAACGGAGUGGAGAUGAUCAACCGUGAAGAUUGCCCUGGUGGUUACUGUGAGACCUUCCUUAUUCGCCCACCACCUCCAGGCAUGGGAUUCCCCAUGCCCAUGGGAAUGGGUGGUGGUAUGGGUAUGGGCAUGCCUAUGGGUAUGGGUAUGCAACAACCAAUGGGUAUGGGAAUGCAACAACCGAUGGGAAUGGGUAUGCAGCAGCCGAUGGGAGGUGGUAACCCAUGUUGUCCUCAGUUGCCUCCAUCACCAUGCGGAGGCAUGCAGCAACCAUCGUGUCAACUUGGACCUCCUCCUCAAGGAUGUAAUUCUCCCUGUCCUCCUCCACCAAUGAUGGGGCGCUAACUUGCGGAUAGCCUUAACAAACUCUAUACGGAAAAUGUGUCGCUCGGUUGUUCACAAAGACUUGAUAAUUCGUUUGAAAAUUUUAUUAAUAUAUAAUAUGUAAAUUUGAAUGUAUAUUUUUCCAAGAAAUAAAAGAUUGUAAGGACUGAAAAACCCAGGAAGGAAAUAUGGAAACUCCGUCUAUGGACAAUAUUCACGGGCGUAUAACAUUUCUCACUAAUAAUAGCUUGAUGUACAUAACUAGCCAGUUGUAAUUUAGUGCAAAUACGAAAUAAAGCUAGUGAAUCCUAAA